AUGAAUUUCGAUACUGAAUUUUCCCUUUUAUUUGCAGAAUUAAUUCAAAAGAUGCGUGAAAUUGACUGUGAUAUCUACAAGGUUGAUGACACCAGACAACCCAAUGAAGGUAAAAUUCCCAUUCACCAAGUUGAUUCCACACUCAUGAAUAUUUCCUACAAGAUGAGAGAUGAAAACAUUUCCAACUAUCAGAAAAUGACAUUUGUAGCAUCAAUGGCCAAUUCCAAUGUUGAAUUAUUGUUUACUUUCUUUCAGGGAGGAAAACCAGGAUCACAUCCAGGAUACAUGUCAUCGAAUAUGAUGUGGAGUUUAUUUAGAGAUGUUUUGGUGGGGGCAAAGAAGAGUCCUUCGAUUACUGAUGGUGGAAUUAUGUUAUUUGCAAUGGUUAGUUCAAUGUUGAGCUAUUCAACUGAUCGAUUUAUUUAUCAUUUUCCUGAGGUUUUGUUUGAUUUGAUUUUGGCACCUCCUCGUGUGAUAAAAUCAGGAACCACAACUGAGUUUUCUAAAUUUGCACUCAGUGAUGAUAUUGCACGUAUGUAUGAAGUGGAAAAUGCAAUUGGUUUGGGAAAUUCCAUUGCACAGAAUAUCAUUUCCUGGUAUCAAAUUGCUUUGGAAAAUAAGAAGGAGAAGGCAACAAUAUUCUCAUGUGAUGUGGAAACUUUUGAAAUGAUUUUGAAAUUGACAAGAGAUCGUAUUUUCAUCUUUGUUGUGGAAAAUUUAAAGAGAUGUAAGAAUGAUAGAAUGAUGUCUGGAGUCUUUUUGGACUCGUUCAAUGAUUUGAUGGGUACAAUGAGAUUGAAUGAGAGAGAGGAUUUCCUGUUGGGUAUUAAUGUUGAGAGAAGCUUUGAGGAGUCCAAAGGUUCGAGUUUCUCUGAGGAAGUUGAGGGAAGAAUGUCCUUUUUGAAACACGUUUUCAUGAGUGAUCAGAAUACAAGAGAAGAACAUGUUAAUUUUAUUAUUGAAACAUUUUCUAAUCAUCCAUCGAAGAAGAUUAGAGAUACCAUUACAACGGUAUUGGGUCAACAUUUGGUUAGAAAGAUUAAGAAACGUAUUCAGGAGAAGAAAUUGAGUGAAUUGAAAGCAAGCUCACUCUCUCAUCAAACAGAAUCCAAUCAAGAGGAAUAUUUGCUCUUAAUUUGUGAAUUUGGUGGCAGGAAGAGAAAAUUCAUCCUCGACAAUGUUCACUCCGUUGUAGAUGUGCAGGAAUAUUUAACAAAGGCCUACACUGAGAGAAAGAGAAACUCUGAGGCCAUUUCUACAAAGGAAGACCAAGAAAAAAUUGUUUCCAAUUCAUUGCAAUUGUUCUUGCCAGCCAACCAGCUUAAAGUUGAAGAAGGAGCAACCCCUGUAGGAGAUUGGGUUGACUUGGACGAUUUUAACGUGUUGCAACUUUCAUACAGAGAUAUCAACACAAAGAAAGUCCUCUCUGAAAAGAUCAAUCAAUUGAAAUUUGUUAAGAAAGUCACCACUAAGGAGAGUACCACCAAGAACAGCUCACUGGAAGGAGGUUCCUUUGUUUCCAACUCUUUCGUUCCAUCAACAUUCGAAGAGGAUGAAAGUGCUCUUGCCACUAAGGGAAGUGCUGGUUUCACACAAGCUCAACAAUUCUCAGGAGAAAAGACCAAUUCAUUAUUGCCAUCAUCCUCUGGAGCAUCAAGUCUCAACUCUGGUAAGAUAUCUGCAUUAGAUAGUGCCUAUUCAGCCGAAGUUAAACCACAAGGAACUAGUGAGAUGAGUGGAGUAGAAAUGAGUGGCAUUGAAAUUAGCAGUAUUGAUGGAAUUUCAGUUUUGGAAGAUUCACAACCUCCUCAAUUCUCAACCAUUGAGGGAAUGUCCUAUGUGGAAGGAGGUGCCAAUUACUUCUCUUCGGAUGAUGAACAAGAUUAA